AUGGCGGGCAUCGUCGCGCGACAGUCGAUCGCGCAAACCAAAGACGAGCGACAGCAUGAACCGGCAGAAGAUUUAAUCACAAUAUUCGAUCGAAUCGCCCAAACACAACCUAAUGAUACGGCCUUGGUCUCCCUCCAUCAGAAAGAUAGCUUGGGUAUCAGCUCUUUGCGCUGGACGUAUUCCGAGCUUCGAGACGGCAGUAUCCGUCUAGCUCAUCGGAUGUCGGCUGCAGGUGUCCGAAAAGGAAGUCGCAUAGCCACGUUCCUCUUCAAUGAAAUUGAAUGGUCGGUUCUGUUUCUUGCGAGUGCGCGUUUGGGAUGUCAUUUCGUCCCAUUAGACCCCCGUGCACUCAACACACCUGCAGAUGCGAUAUACCUCCUGCGAAAAGUUUGGGCGGAGACUAUCGUCGUUUCAAAUCUCAGCAUGGCCAACAUGGUCCAACGAAUUCUGGAAACAGAACUCAUGCCUCAAAUCCAAUUAAAAUGUCUCGUUUCGCACAGUACUGGAGAUCGACCACGCGGCUGGAGGACUCUCUCUUCGCUUAUGACUGAGUCGAAUGAUGAGAUAGAGAUAGCGCCCUUACCGGUGUUGGAUCGCAAUGAUACAAUUCUCAUGUUGUGCACCAGUGGCACAACGUCAAACCCGAAAAUCUGCCCUCACACUUCUGUUUCUAUCGUCACCCCCGCCCUGGGCAUUGCUGAUCAUUGGUCACUCACUCGCGAGCAAAGCCUCUGUCAGCAUUUGCCGUCUUUCCAUGUUUUCAACGUUGCCCUGACUCUCUCCUUCUGGGUAGCUGGCGCUACAGUCAUCAUCCCAAGUGCUGAGUUCAACCCUGCUGCAACAUUCGAGGGUCUGGCUUUUGGAAAGCAUGUAUGGAUUGCCAGCGUACCUACAAUGGUAUAUGCCAUGCAAACAUACUCGAUGACAGUCGACAAGAAGCUUGCCAAACCAUACGGCAUUGUUCUUGGCGGUGCCCCGAUCACCCCCGAAGCUUUGCGCUCGUGCAAGGAGCUUGGCGCGAGACGUAUUGUCGCGGGAUAUGGAACAACAGAAGGUGUCGCGACGCUAUAUAACGUUAUGUCGGCAACCGACCCCAGUAUUGUCAACAUGCAAGAUGGCGAUGAUGUGCGUUUGGGUCAAGCGGUUGCCGGAUCACAUCUUCGAAUUUGUGCCCCGGAUAGUAGAGUGCCUUUGCAACGUAAUCAGAUCGGUGAACUCCAUCAAGGAGGAUACCCAAUCUUCCAUGGUUAUUAUGAAGCUACCGAGGAACAGAACUAUACCUGCUACCGAGAGGGUUCCGUUCCUUGGUUCGCCACUGGAGAUCGCGGAUACAUGGACGAGGAUGGAAACAUCUACCUACUCGGGCGAUAUAAAGAUCUAAUCAUCAGGUCCGGAGAGAACAUCUCCCCCUUGAAGAUCGAACAAUGUCUCUCAGGACAACCGGGAGUCAAAACUGCUGUGGUGGUUGGAUCGCCGGAUGACAUUGCUGGAGAAGUGCCAGUGGCUGUUGUCGAAACCUAUGGCCCUCAGAGCGAUACUUUUUUCCGAGAGCUGAAAUCUGCGGUUGUACAGGCUCUGGGUCGCUCGUUCGCACCGAAGUUGAUCCUUCAUCUGCAGGAUGACCUCGGUCGUGAGAAGUAUCCCUCCACAACCUCGGGCAAGAUAAAGAAAAAUGUCCUCCAGGAUUGGGUAGCAGAUCAUCUAGAGCUGUCCCGUGCAGAGACGCCUCUAACGCCCCAAUCUCUCCGAACUCCGGUUUCAAGCUUGAGCUCAAACACAAGUGUGGGCACAAACGUGAGCUUAAACCCAAUGAAGUCAGUAAAAUCAGUGAAGCCGGAGAGUAUCCCGGCCCCUAAUAGGAUGAACAUCGCGACCGAACUGGCAACCUGUUGGUCCUCUGUAUCUGGAUUGGAUCUCUAUGAAAUCAAACCGGACAUGCCUAUCCGCACUUUCACCGAUAGCACUAUGCUGAUCCAGUUCCUACACUUGGCAAAGAAGAAGGGCCUGAAGUUGACACUGAAAGACUUGAUUACCGCAAAUACCAUCGAAAAACAGGCUCAGCUGCUUGGCCAGACUGGAGUCGAAAGUCAAUUACCAGAUUUCUCGGCACCAGUAUCAGUACAAGUAUCAUCUCAGCUCAAACUUCUACCAAAGACCGAUACCAAGAAGCGGGUUGCUGCUGCCAGUCUAGGGAUCAAUGAGAAUGACAUUGAAAAGCUAUUGCCAAUGACUGAUCUCUUCCAAAUGCUCGCUCUCGACCGCCCAUUCCCUGGUGCCUGGGAUAUGCGCUUGGCCUUUUCGGUCCGACGCGCUCUCAACGCGGACGAAAUUGCAGCAAUCGUCGAGACAUGGCUGCGUCGGCACGAGCUCCUCCGCAGCAUGGUUGCAACAGUCAAGGAUGAGCCCCCAGUAUGGGCUGUAAUGCAUCCCCGGGCACCAUGGCUCAGAAACCAGAUUAUACAAGGGCCUGCUGUCGAUAAUAUAGACGCAGUAGAGCACUAUCAUCCAAAUGAUUAUACCGACGUUGCCUCAGGGCCUCUUUGCAAAGCAGUGAUUCUGCCAAUCCGGGGUACUACCCAUUGUGGACUUAUUAUUCAUAUACACCACGUUAUAUUUGACGGAAUGGUCAUGGAGCGCUGGAUUCGCGACCUCAAUCAUCUUCUAGAUGGACAGCCACAGUUGCAAUGGUGUCCGUACAACUACUUCUCCGAUAACUAUAUUGCACAUCGAGCUUCCCCGGAGGCAGAGGAGUCGGUGCAGUAUUUCGUCCGCAAGCUCACUGGAGUCUCAGCGUCGAAGAAUGCCAUCUGGGAUACUCAGCGUAUUCUUCAGAGUAUGGACAGACUUGCCUCGCCUCUAGUGGAGAAGGAGAGCGAUUUCACCAUGAUCAACGCCAAGAAAACCCCAGCGAGAACCCAUCCCUCAGUCCUCCCCAAGCGCUUCGUCCAGCUCCCCAAGCUUGCUGAGAUGCGUUCGCGAUUCGGCAUCUCUGCCCCUAUCAUAGCCUUAGCCGCUUGCAGUUUGAUCAACUGCCGUUAUACCGGUGCUGAUGAAGCCAUCUUUACAAACUUGCAGUCUGGUCGUUCAUGGCCUGUUGAGGAUGGACCUGGCUCUGAAGACGCCUCUCCACUCGAAGUUGACGGCCCUACAAUGGCCAACCUCCCUGCUCGCAUCGCCAUCUCACCUGAAGACUCCGUCCUCGACCUGCUGAACAAAGCCCGGUCCGAACAGGAUGACAUGCUCGUCCACUCCCACGUCCCCUCUGCUCGAAUUAUCGAGGGCGUCGCACGGGGACCAGGCGGCCUGGCUGAUGCCGCCGUCCUAGAGGGUCUUCUGAAAAGCCAGCUCUUCGACUGGUUGCUGGAGCCAUACAACCAGGAUCUCGAAUCUCCGCUCGAACUACUUCUUGACACAAGUCUUUCGCAAGGACAGUGGGUUUGGCUGCCUCGUUUGAGUGAUGGGAAUAUCCUACAUAUGAAUAUCUAUCACGCCGAUGCGGACUUACCUCCAGAGAAAACAGACUACAUUGCGGAGGAGUUCCUGUGUGCAGCUGCUUGGUUGGCUGAUCCUUCGAAUGCGCAGAAGUCCAUCUCGGAGUGUGUGUUUGACGGAUAUGAAGUUAGGUAUUCGGAUUAUACUUAUAAUGUGUCUCAGUAA